CUAACGUGAUGUUUUGCUUUACAGAAUUCAAUUCGUCAUAACCUGUCCCUCCACAGCAAGUUCAUUCGUGUGCAGAAUGAAGGAACUGGAAAAAGUUCUUGGUGGAUGCUCAAUCCAGAGGGAGGCAAGAGUGGGAAAUCCCCCAGGAGAAGAGCUGCAUCCAUGGACAACAACAGUAAAUUUGCUAAGAGCCGGGGCCGGGCUGCCAAGAAGAAAGCCUCCCUCCAGUCUGGCCAGGAGGGGGCCGGGGACAGCCCGGGAUCUCAGUUUUCUAAGUGGCCUGCAAGCCCUGGCUCUCACAGCAAUGAUGACUUUGAUAACUGGAGUACAUUUCGUCCUCGAACUAGCUCAAAUGCUAGUACCAUUAGUGGGAGACUUUCUCCCAUUAUGACCGAACAGGAUGACCUUGGAGAUGGGGACGUGCAUUCUAUGUACCCGCCCUCUGCCGCAAAGAUGGCUUCUACUCUGCCCAGUUUGUCUGAGAUAAGCAAUCCUGAAAACAUGGAAAAUCUUUUGGAUAAUCUCAACCUUCUCUCAUCACCAACGUCAUUGACUGUUUCAACCCAGUCUUCACCCGGCACCAUGAUGCAGCAGACGCCGUGCUACUCCUUUGCACCACCGAACACCAGUCUGAAUUCACCCAGCCCAAACUACCAAAAAUACACAUACGGCCAAUCCGGCAUGAGCCCUUUGCCCCAGAUGCCUAUGCAAACACUUCAGGACAACAAAUCGAGUUAUGGAGGUAUGAAUCAGUAUAACUGUGCACCGGGGCUCUUGAAGGAAUUACUUACUUCUGACUCUCCUCCCCAUAAUGACAUUAUGACUCAGGUUGAUCCUGCGGUGGCUCAAACCAACAGCCGGGUCCUUGGCCAGAAUGUGUUGAUGGGCCCUAAUUCGGUCAUGCCAGCCUAUGGCAGCCAGGCAUCUCAUAACAAAAUGAUGAGUCCCAGCUCCCAUACCCACCCUGGACAUGCUCAGCCGACGUCUGCAGUUAAUGGGCGUGCCUUGCCCCACGCGGUUAACACCAUGCCCCACACCUCGGGUAUGAACCGAUUGGCCCCAGUGAAGACAGCUUUACAAGUGCCUCUGCCCCACCCCAUGCAGAUGAGCGCCCUGGGGGGCUAUUCCUCGGUGAGCAGCUGCAAUGGCUACGGCAGGAUGGGCAUUCUCCACCAGGAGAAGCUCCCAAGUGACUUGGAUGGCAUGUUUAUCGAGCGCUUGGACUGUGACAUGGAGUCCAUCAUUCGGAACGACCUCAUGGAUGGAGAUACAUUGGAUUUUAACUUUGACAAUGUGUUGCCCAACCAAAGCUUCCCGCACAGUGUCAAGACGACGACACACAGCUGGGUGUCAGGCUAAGAGUGAGUGAGUGAGCAGGCUACACUUAAAAGUACUUCAGAUUGUCUGACAGCAGGAACUGAGAGAAGCAGUCCAAAGAUGUCCUUCACCCCUCCUUUUCGUUUUCUUGAUUAAAAAAAAAAAAAAGUUUCUUUUUUCCUUUCGUCAAACUUGGCAGCGAAGACACUUUUCCUGUACAGGAUGUUUGCCCACUGUUUGCAGGUUAUGUGCUGCUGUAGAUAAGGACUGUGCCAUUGGAAAUUUCAUUACAAUGAAGUGCCAAACUCACUACACCAUCUAAUUGCAGAAAAGACUUUUCGGAUCCUGGUGUGCUUUCAAGUUUUGUAUAUAAGCUGUAGCUACAGAAUUGUAUUUGUGUGUGUUUUUGUUUUUUUAAAUAUCCAUUUGGUCCAAGGAAAGUUUAUACUCUUUUUGUAAUACUGUGAUGGUCUCAUGUCCUUGGUAAGUUAAACUUUUGUUUGUACUACCUGUGUUCUGCUGAACUGACGAAUCACAAAGAACCAAGUUCCCCAUUCUGCACCUCUACUGAAUGGCUUUGGACGUGUUCACAUUGCCACAUAAUGAGAACCAGUAGCCUGAUGCCAAUCUGCUGAAUUAAUGGACUUGUCACUCUUUUGGAAAGAAAAAAAAAAAGGUUAAAUGCCAGCCUUGUACAGGUUUUUCUAUUUUUUUUGUUUAUUUUGUUAUUUGCAAAUUUGUACAAACAUUUAAAUGGUUCUAAUUUCCAGAUAAAUGAUUUUUGAUGUUAUUGUUGGGACUUGAGAUCAUUUUUGGAAUAGAUAUUGAACUGUUACGUUUUCUUAUAACUAGAGUCUACUUUGUUACAUAGUCUGCUUGUAAAUUUGUGGAAUCCCAGAUAUUGGAGGCAGCAUCCAUAAUUUUCAUUUUGUAUUUCUAACUGGAUUAGUACUAAUUUUAUACGUGCUUAACUGGUUUGUACACUUUGGGAUGCUACUUGGUGAUGUUUUCUGACUAAUCUUAAAAUCAUUGUAAUUAGUACUCGCGUACUCAAUGUGUCUGGCCCUGUUUUGGCGGGACGGUGUACAGUUAUGGACAUUUUGUGUUUCACGUUUAGGAGAACUUAAUAUGUUUUUAUGUAUGUAUUUUAAAGAAAUUCCAUCUGCUUCUAUAGCCUGUGAUUCAGCACACCGCAGAACAUCGAGUCUUCUGAUGGACGCCUGUGUGCUGGUCGUCUCAGUUACUCCUGGGAGGCCUCGUAAUGUGUGUAGACCAGAAAGGGAGACAGACGCGCAUCUAAAUCAGCGCUCCUUUCCCACACUGGGGGUUGUGAUCAACUUAACCUUUUUGAGCUGAGCUUCAGCAGAAGUUUCCCCUCAUAGUUCCGUGUUGUCAUUUUGGCCGAGGGGGAGGCUGGUUUUGUAGCUCCGCCUUGAAGGAUUGUCAGCAUUCACCUGGCAUCCCUUUCCUCUCUGUCCUGUAGGUUACUUAGCACCUUGGCAAUUUAAGUGGAAGGAGACAUUUGAAAGUGGGACUUGAGUGAUUUGUUCAAUGCUUUGUGUUCACAAGUGCACGUGGCCACCAAAUGGAACAGAACUUGGUUAAAAAUAGGGGCAAUUAAUUUGAAAACCAACAAACCAGCUGUAAGUUGUAUAUUUGAAUUUAUUUUAAAAGCGUUAGCAUAAGUUAAGAAUUGGAGAAUUUCUUUAGCCUUUAGCAACAUAAACUAUAAUUCUAAUCAUUAUGUUUUAAUAUUUUCUAAUUACCUGUAACUGACAGACCAAGUUAACCGGCUUUGCGUCCCAUUUAAUCCAUCAGUACUUUCAAGUCAUGUGGAAUGCCCAAAGUCAGCACAAUAAAAGGAGCAGAGGCACAAAAAUGUUCGCCUUGCCUCCUUGAGAAGGCUCUGAUCUCUGUGUACUUAGCCCAGAUCACACAUGCUUUGUCUUGCCUGUGAAUUGCGUCUCUAUUGGCCUGGUUUUUCCUCCAUGUUUAACAAGAACACAAGUGUUGCUGAUAGAUUUCCUACAGGAGGCCAGCUCUAUCGUAAGCUUCCCACUGUGACUUCGGCUAUUUUUAAAAUAUUAAACAGCCACCUCUCUAACCAUCUUCAUUGCUGGCCACUCCAAAAUAUGUCUGGUGUUAGAAAGCCUAGUUCCUCUAGCAGUGCCUCCUGUGUGUGGAAUAGAACUGGUUGGUGCCAGAGUACUCACGUUCCUAUUUCUGUGACCACGCACUACCCCCUCCUCCUCCCGUGCCGUCACACAGUGAGCCUCAGAGCCCCUUUCACCCAUUAAAGAGCUAAACCACAGCUAAAAUCACUGUUCAGAUCUUACUACUUCAUAAAGUGACUUUUGAAAAGGUGUUUCUUCCUCCUGAGUCUGUGUAAAUAUGUUUCUUUUCCUUCAAGUUUUCCCUUGUGUUGGAAUAACAUGACUCCCGGGUAGCUUUCUGGGGUACAGUGAAGUCCACUGAAAGGCACCUUGUCUACUUGGAAAACAAACAUUCUGUGACCUCUGAUAAUUCUUUUUCUGUACGAAUACUGACUUUCUGGAGUAAUUAGUGUAUCAGUUAUUGUACAUGAUUGCUUUGUGAAAUGUGCAAAUGAUAUCACCUAUGCAGCCUUGUUUGAUUUAUUUCCUCUGGUUUGUACUGUUAUUAAAAGCAUAUUGUAUUAUAGAGCUAUUCAGAUAUUUUAAGUAUAAAGUAUUGUUUCCGUAAUAUAGACGUAUGGGAUUAUAUUUAGGUAAUAGAUGCAUUACUUGGAAAGUUCUGCUUUGACAAACUGACAAAGUCUAAACUAAUUAGCAAAUGUUGUAUCCCGGCGAGCAGUAAAUCAAUGGGACAUCCCAAGAAGAGGAGAAGGACACGUAAAAUGGAAAUGGUUCUCCAAGGGUAUGCAAUUUGGACUCGUUCAACUGCUGGAUAUAUGUUACCAAUCCCCCUUACCCCAAACCCACCGCCCACCCCUUCCUUGAAAUGCUUAUAUUCAGUUCUUAAUUUAUAACUGACUUUUAAACAAGAAGUUUCUCUUGCAGUUUUAGUUUGGGAGUAUCAGUAAAAAAAUGCAAUAUGGUUUAUACAAACAAAACAGCCUGGCAUUACUCUUGGCCUCCUCUUUGAGGGUGGUGCGCGGCCCAGCAGUGUGGCCACGUAAAUCCUGUCAGGACGUAGUCAUGCCCCCUGCAUUUCUCUGCUCGAGGUUAGCACCAGUGCAAAUUCCAUGUUCCUGUUCCGAUACUCUGAGAAGUGCCUGAUGAUGCUGAUGUACUUACAGACACAAGAACAAUCUUUGCUAUUAUUGUAUAAAGCCAUAAAUGUACAUAAAUUAUGUCUAAAUGG